GGCCUCCAUGUCUUUCAUCCUCUUCCUCCUCUUGGUCCUGUUCCUGUAUGAAUGAAUAUGUGUCAUGGUUGACAGUAUGCGAUAUUCAUGUCGACAUCCACAAUGCCCAACAGGGCCGCAUCUCCACCUCCACCUCCAUCUCCACCGAAGACGCGGCGACCAAGCUAUCGUGCUGCCAGGGCCUUCUACCUCACUGUAUUCAUAGCCGCGUGUUUGGCCUUCUAUACCACCCUCGCCCACAGCAACACCGCUCAUAAUGACCUGUACAAACGUGUCACCCUCAAUGGACCGGACAGCGCAGACGAGGAGUGCCGCCUUGUCCAUCGCGCAAGUCCCACCAACCAAUGCGCCUUCAUUCGCUCCCACUGCCCGGACGACGAAGCGGGCUUCACGGCUUACCUCGAAUUGUACUACUGCAGACUGAACAAGGCGAAACCGGUCGCGUUCGUAAUACUAGUCUCAUGGCUCGGCCUGCUCUUCUCCACCAUCGGUAUCGCCGCGUCAGACUUCUUCUGCAUCAACCUCAGCACUAUCGCGUCGCUACUUGGCAUGAGCGAAAGCAUGGCUGGUGUCACGCUACUAGCCUUCGGCAACGGCAGUCCCGACGUCUUCAGCACGUUCGCCGCCAUGAGCACGAAUAGUGGCAGUCUAGCGGUAGGAGAGCUAUUCGGCGCGGCAGGUUUCAUUACUGCUGUUGUGGCUGGGUCGAUGGCACUGAUCCGACCCUUUCACGUAGCUCGCAAGAGCUUUGUACGCGAUGUGGGCUUUUUUCUCGUUGCUGCCGCGUUCAGCUUGGUGUUUCUGUGGGAUGGGAAGCUACGGUUCUGGGAGUGCAUUGCUAUGGUGGUGUAUUACAUUUUCUACGUGGUGGUUGUAGUGGCCUGGCAUUGGUGGAUUGGACGGCGCAGAAGGCGAAGAGAGAAGGAUAUGGCAGCCAGGGGGCAUUUUGUUAACGAGGAGAUGGAUAUAGAGCAAGAGUAUCACGAUGACCCCGACGAAGUGGCCGAGGGUACCCACAGACGGCCGAGUAUGAUCCGCGGCGUUUCUAUGGAAGACUGGUCCGCGCUGGAGAAUGGCGGGACACCGUAUGCGGAUGGGCCGCAGGACGAAGAUGACGAGGAGGAAGCGCGCGACCGGUGGAUGAGCGAGUUGAGCAGCAAUAUGCGCCUGACGAGGCCUACUGUUCGCUCGCGGAAGAACACCAUCAACUCCGUCCGGCCGUCUCUCGUGGGUGCGUUGGAGUUUCAGGCAGUGCUCAAGAGUCUGCAGAAGUCGCGAAACAUCCAGACUAUCCCGCUUGACGCGCGACGAUAUUCGGAUGAUCCUAGCUUUACUACAGCGCAGCAGCAAGAUCAGAUGUCUUCAGUCUCUGACCCGGCGUCUAGGCCGCCGUUCUCGAUCACAGUCAACGACAGUGGUGAGCCAGAGACGCAGAAAGCGCAUCUGGAUGUGCCCAAGUCCGCGCCGGCAAGAACACGCGCAGUAUCCACGAAUGAUAUUGGGAGUCUACGCCUUGACCCAGAUUUCGCACGUGCAGCAGCAACGCCUCCGCAACACAGCCUGAUCGACAUAUCAGACUUCGCGAACCGACCAGAGCGGCCACGCUCUCUGCUUGCCGUACCCGGCGGAAACGACUCGCAGCCUCAAUCGCCUCGGCAGGAGGCCACGACGUCAGAUGCACCUCUCCGCAUCGAUACGUCCGUCGCAGACCAACCGCAAGGCCACCUCACUCCAUUCAAGCCCACCAUCUUCCGUCAACUGAGCGAUCACUUCGCGCCGAAAUCGUUACAGCGCGCCGGCACGGACAGCCCUCGUCAAUCGCCUCGCAGCGUGCCAUCUGCACGGCGUCUGCCCAAGAUCGUCAUUCCGCGCCCCGAACUACCGUCUUACCCUUCAACCGCCGUCUCCUCGCCCCUACCGCGGUACAGAGAUGACAUGCUAUCGCCGGCAAGUAGUUCGCAUCCGCCCAGCCUGCACUUACCGCCCCCAGUCACCUCGCCAGAGUCUUUACCCGUCUCGCAGUGCGCGGAGCAGGAGAUGCUUCCUCCGGAGAAGCCGGUGAAAUGGUGGCCGUACCGCAUCCUACCCGCGCCAGGCGUGAUCGUGGCGACGCUCUUCCCAACCAUCUAUCACUGGCGCGAGAAGAACUGGUGGGAGCGAUGUCUGGGCAUCGUUGCGGCGCCGAGUGUGUUCCUGCUUACAAUCACUCUACCGGUAGUAGAGAACGACAGCAAUGGCGAUGAGUCUGCAGGUGCUCCGGUGGACAACAGUUUCGACUCCGCGCUUUCAAAGCAUGCCAGUGGUGCGCCAGAGGAAGUCAUUGACAGCGCCAAGGACGUUACGGCAGAACAGCUGUUGGACGAGCGUUUGCAGCCGGGCAUGCAUCGACAUAGUAUCACCACCGCCGGGACAGGGCCAGGGACAGGGAUAGCGAAUCUAGCAGCCGAUACAGAAGACCAUCAACACCGCCAAGCUGCAGCCGAGCCUCCACGCAGCAACUCGCUCACCCUCGAGGCUGCCAUCGGCGCAACAACAACCACCCCUCCCAACCCGCACGGAGCAAAAGACGAGUACUGGAACCGCUGGCUAACAAUAACCCACCUCUUCCUCUCGCCCCUCCUCGUCCUCCUCGCCAUCUGGGCCCAAUCACCCACCGACUUCACGCCCCUCAAACCCGUCCUAAUCUCCCUCCUCGUCUCGGCAGUCCUGCUGAUCCCAUUCUUACUCACUACAACCCCGACCCACCGCCCGGCCGCCUACCGCCCCAUCCUCUCCGCCGCGGGCUUCAUUGUAAGCAUCGCCUGGAUCUCAACCAUUGCCUCCCAAGUCGUCGGAGCCCUUAAAGCGCUCGCGGUGAUUCUCAACAUGUCCCACGCGAUCAUGGGUCUGACCAUCUUCGCCGUCGGGAAUUCCCUUGGCGAUCUGGUCGCGGACGUCACUGUCGCCCGCUUGGGAUAUCCCGUUAUGGCAUUGUCGGCCUGCUUUGGAGGACCCCUGCUGAAUAUCCUCCUCGGCAUCGGUCUGAGCGGGAGUUAUAUCCUCAUCCGCGCGGCGCAUAAACGGCAUGACAAACAUCCCGAUCAACCGGUGCAUUUCAAGAGUUAUCAUAUCGAGGUCGGACAGACGCUGAUCGUCAGUGGGGCUACGCUUGUGGUUACGCUGAUAGGGCUUUUGGUGGCGGUGCCGUUGAAUCGGUGGAUGCUCAGCAGGAGGAUUGGAGUGGGGUUGGUCGUGUUGUGGGUGGGGAGUACGAUUGUUAAUGUUGCGUUAGAAGUUGGAGGGAGGUGGGGGAGUGAGACUACGGUCGCAAACUAGGUUUUCCAUAUGAUAAGAGAUUCUCAGCCCAACUAUGAAUGCUACGUUCGUGCUAUCAAUCUGUACGUUCAUGUCCGUCCAAUCGUUGAUUGCAACUCGCUCGCUCGCUCGCUCAGUACUUUUGUGCAAUGCGCACCACUCAGUCCCCGAAUUACAUCAUCAAGCAGCCGCCACAACGUCCUUAACCGUCUGCAAAUUCAACUGCCCUUUACUCCCCCAUCCUUGCCGCCCAGACGGAACACUAGGUCUAAACGACUCAUACAUCCCAAACGCCGCCCCAUCCAACUCCUCCUCCCGCCCCUCCCACCCCUCAGCCCCUUCCCCAAACA